AUGUCGUUUAUUAAGGAUUUCUUAUUCCCAUCAGUGAAGACUUCAGACCCAACAGCUGACGAUUCCAAUACAAGUGCCAAAGACCCAGUUGUGGAGGGAGAAUUCACUCCAAGAAAGUUAUCAGUAUUCAAUGGUCAUGAUGAUGAAAAGAUAUUCAUAGCUGUUAAAGGAAAUGUCUUUGAUGUUACUGCUGGUAGACAAUUUUACGGUCCAAGUGGUCCUUAUUCAAACUUUGCUGGUCAUGAUGCAUCAAGAGGUUUAGCCUUGAACUCAUUUGAAAUGGAAAAUGUCAGAACAUUUGACCAACCAAUAGACAAUUUAGAAGGUUUGACUCCACAAGAUAAAGAAGCCCUUGAUAACUGGGAAGAACAUUUCAGAAAAAAGUACCCAAUUGUUGGUAAACUUGUACCAGAAAAAUAA